AUUCGACCAGCGGUAUGCACCGUCUGCAGCUACGACGCGCGGGCGCGAUGGUGUGAUUGCGGAAUAUUAUGUAUUGUGUCGUGUAGGACGUUAAUGUUUUGAACAACGACUCGUGGUAUCUAAUAUCCCACAUUCGUAAUUUGUCGUGAUAUUGUCGGCUAACUUCGGUGCAAUGUUAAUACUAGACCAAGUCGUUGAAAAUGAAAUUAACGACCAGCCGCUAAUCGGCUAUUCGGCUAAUGGCAAUUAGUAGUGGGGAUCAUCGCGGCUGCACGUUGUACACUCGUACUGCAACGCCGAUCGACAAAAACUUAUUGUUUAUUUCUGUGCAUCACUGCAUCAGUAUUGUACUAUUGUUAAUUAGCAUGUACUACCUAUUCUAUCUUUUAUGAAUUUUAUUGCAAUUGAUUGAUAAUUCAAGACAGUUACCAGGUAUGUGUAACCGUAGCGAAGUUGUAAAUCAAUUAAAACAAAAUUGCUUUUCAAGACUUUCAUUUGCUGAAAAAAAAGUUUUAGUUCAAAAUGGUAGACCGUGUCCAGAUCUUGACAUUUUAACAACAGUAAAAAUUAAAAAGACGACAGAUAAUACGUCAUGCACUCGGCAUUUUCGUAAAGAGCUUUAUAAUAUAUCUGAUUGGUUAUGCGGUUGUGAAAUUUCGAAUAAAUUUUUUUGUUGGUCUUGUUUACUAUUUUCUACGAAAAAAACUGUUUGGAAUAAUCAAGGGUAUGAUGAUUUAAAUCAUUUAAAUACAGCUGUUAAAAAACAUACUGAAUCAGAAAUUCAUAUAGCUGGAUAUUUUAAACUUAAGACAUUUUUAUCAUCAUCAACUGCUAGAAUUGACACAUCAUUAGAUAAACAAAGAAAAAUAGAUAUUCAAUUACAUAAUGAAAAAGCAGCAAAAAAUAGAGAAAUAUUAAAAAGAUUAAUAAAUGCAGUAUGUUUUUUAGCUAAGCAGGAAUUACCUUUUAGGGGACAUAAUGAAAACAAAUAUUCAGUAAAUAGGGGAAACUAUAUGGAGUUAUUGAUUUCCAGCCAAGAAUUUGAUCCAUUAUUACAAGAACAUUUAGAUACAUCUACUAUUUUUCGAGGCACUUCUGUUUCCAUACAAAAUGAUUUAAUAAAUUCUAUUGCUGAUGUUAUUAAACAUGAGAUUUUUAAUGAAAUUCAAAAUACACAAUACGUGGCAAUUAUGCUUGACGAAACAACUGAUAUUAGUAAUAAAUCACAACUAUCGACAGUACUGAGAUAUUUUUCAAAAAACGAAAGCAAAAUUGUUGAACGUUUUCUUGGAUUUGAUGACAUGAGUGCUGACAAAACAGCAGCCUCUCUAUUUAAUCACGUAAAUCAAGUAGUUGAAAAAUUUAAAAUUGAAAACAAAUUAGUGGCACAAACAUAUGACGGGGCAGCAGUAAUGUCUGGCCAUUUAAACGGGUUGCAAAGUAAAGUUUUAGAGAAAUAUCCUAAAGCUAUAUUUACUCAUUGUUAUGCGCAUGUUAUUAAUUUAAUACUUCAACAAUCAUUAGAGUGCAACAAGGAACUUAAAAUAUUUUUUCGAGGUCUUAACUCUUUACCUGUAUUUUUUUCUCAUUCUCCUAAAAGACUAAAAGCACUUUCAGAAUUUAUGACCAAAAAGUUACCCACAUUGGCUACUACUCGUUGGAACUUUACUUCACGAUUAGUUCAUACAGUUCAUAAUCAUCGAACAUCAUUGGUUGAUUUUUUUAUGUUUGUUUAUGAAAGUGGUGAUUUUGAUAAUGUUACUGGAAUGACAGCAAAAGGGUUUGCAAAUUUCCUUCAAGAAAAUAAAAACAUUUUUAUUAUACAAAUAUUAUCUAAUCUUCUUAUUUUUACUGACGUAUUGUUCAAUAUUUUACAGUCAAAACAUUUUGAUAUUUUAUUUUGUAGUCAAAAAAUACUUGAUUUUCAAAACCAAUUAUAUCAAGAAAGGGAAAAUUUUGAUACUUUAUGGGAAUCAUUUACUGAAAAUGCUAACGAACUUUUUGUAAGCAAUCGCAGGGUUAGUCAAACAGAAACCGACAGAAAAGAUUAUUAUAGACGUCUUUAUUUUGAAAUUAUCGACAAUAUACAUACUCAAAUUAAUAUCCGUUUUAAAUCGUUUGAAAAAUUGCAAUAUUUUAAUUUACUUAAUCCUACAAAAACUAAAUGUUUUGCGAAAAAAGAUAAUUUUCCAUCUGAUUUACUUAAAAAUUUACAAGAUAUUUAUGGCGAUUUUUUCAACUAUGGUAAACUACAAAAUGAACUUCAUGUAUGGUACACCUUAAAGGAAUCAUCCGAUAAAAGUCCUAUUGAAAUUAUGAAUUAUCUUUCUGAAAUGAGCUUAAAUAGUGGAUUUUCCGAAGUGUAUAAGUUGGCUCAAUUAAUAUCUACUAUACCAACAACAACCGCUUCAGUGGAGAGAUCAUUUUCAUCUUUAAAAAGAAUCCAUACAUAUUGUCGCUCAACUCAAACCCAAGAAAGAAUGAACAACUUAAGUAUAAUAUCAAUAGAAAAAGAAUUGGUUUUCAAAUUAAGGGCAAACAGAAAUAAAUUUUAUGAAGAUGUUAUAAACAAAUUUACUGAGAAAGAAAGAAGAAUAGAAUUUGAAUUCAAAUAA